AUGGCACAUCAUCUACAUGUCUUCUUUAUCCUGUGUAUACUCGCUAUUAUCUCUACUCAUGGCGCCGUACUGCGCCGCACGUGGACGACACAGCCGUGGUGCGAGAGUGUGCGAAAACCUCAGUGGCCUUUCGCAUACCAGAAGACACCGACGCAAACUCUGGAGUGGCAGGGCAGAGUGAACCCCAAUGACCAGGAUAUCCGCCACCAAUGCUUCGUCUUCGGUGUCCAGAGCAAGUGUCACCUCUGUGAGAACUUCGCCUGCAACGGUGCCAGUGGCGAUCGCUGCGUCUUCCAGUUGCAGGGCGUUACGUGGUCUGCUCUACCCAAGAACAUCCCGACAGUGACGGAUGUCCCGUGGGCGGUAGGAGGACAGCAUCGCUACGACUACGGAGGAGCAACGCAUCUCUGUGUUUUCUUAUCAGGCGGCAAAUGCUUGUCACCGUUCACGACGGAUUUUUCACAGUGUGAUGUGAGAUGUUGGGGCACAAAGUCCGGGAAAUUGACGUACAAAGGAGCACAUCCGAACAGGAACUCGAGCGACGCAGAAGCGUCAGAUAUUUGGAGUUAUUCAUCUUCAUUUGGGACAUCAGGACGUUCACAAGGACAAGUGACCACAGUAGCAGGUGAAGGCACAGCCGGAUUUCUCGACGGAUCCGUAGCGACGGCACGGUUCAAUCAUCCGCGAGGUGUGGCGGUGGGCUCGAACGGCGUCGUGUACGUGGCUGAUACAGCCAACCACCGGAUCAGAAAGAUUGAUCCAAGCACCAAAAUGGUGUCAACACUUGCAGGUGAUGGCAUUGAAGGGUUCUCGGAUGGAGCUGCGCUUUCAGCCGCGCGGUUUUCCUAUCCUUCGGAUGUCGCUGUGCUCGAGACGAAUUCGGGAACGAUUACUGUCUUCGUAGCAGAUACGGGCAACCAUCGCAUUCGACAGAUCAAGAAUGGUAUUGUGUCUUGUCUUUCUGGCCUGUGCGGUGCCGGAGUGGAGACCGUGAGACUCUCGCAGCAACCAGCGAAACCUCAUGCCGGUCUGGCUGAUGGAAACCCUUUCGGUGCCCGAUUCGAUUCCCCCAUGGGCAUCGCGGUUGAUGCAGAUGGUAUUGCAUUCGUCGCGGACACAGGCAACCACUUGAUACGACGGAUAGAACCGGACGGAACCACACUCACAAUAGCUGGUGGCGUGGUUCCUUCGGAGGACGCAGACACACCUGGCUGUUUGUCGCCGUGUCUACGCGGUGAGCGUGGAUUUCGAGACGGAAACCUGACGUUCGCUCGGUUUGAGAGUCCACGCGCUAUAGCUAUCGGUGCUCAACGCACGCUCGUUGUUGGUGAAGGCCAUCGUGUCCGUCGCGUUACAUAUGACGGCGGUGCAGCGUCUACUAUUGAGACUGUCACGUCGACGAACCGUGUUGUUACUUUAGCUGGAUCGAACGUACCAGGGCAUACUGACGGUGAAGGCAACGAAGCCACGUUUAACGCUCCAGCUGGAGUCGCGUUUGCUGCCGAUGGACGCGUGUAUGCUGCCAGCUCUACGGACUGCUCGGUGCGUCAGAUAACUCCUGCCUCUCUCGUCUCACGAACGGUAACCUGUUCGACGCGAGCGACUGAAGUGUUGCGUCCUAGUGGCUGUGCAUCAUACGAACAGCCUGUAGACGAACUGUUUCUUCAGACUUCACCAUCAGCCAACAAUAUUUAUCACAAUUAUCUCCAGCGCAAAGAAUUUGAUCCGGUUCAGGGUACAGCAAUUUCUGGACGAACGUUGAAAGACUGUACGGGUUCACCACCUGCUGAUGGGCUUGUUCAAGGAGAUCUCGCACUACCAUUACGCGAUCCUGACACGCAAGCGAUCAUCACUGACGUGUUUGAAGACGUGGAAUACGGCACAACUAUCAAAAUCCGUUGCCCAGCGGCUUGUGACGUUAGCGCAACACUGAAAGUCUAUGGUUCGGGUCUCUACAGUGACGUUUCUUCCAUCUGUCUCGCUGCAAUUCACAGCGGCGCCAUCGUAGCUGCACAAGGAGGUCUAGUGACGUUAGCAUUGGAGAGAGGAGCCCAGUCAACAGCUCAGGUAUCCAAAACACUGGGAUCUACAGCGAAUGGAGUGACUUCGCUAGACUUACCGACGACACAGAACAACCGUGCUCGUCUUUUUAGUAUCAAGUCGUAUCUGCGACCAAAACUCGAGGUACAAUCGAUCGCAGGAGCUCCGAAUGCGCCACUAGGAUCCCAACAAGACGGCUGUGGCUAUCUUGACGCACAGCCGCCUCUAGCCGCGCGUUUUCUGGGGAUCGCGGGGCUUGACAUCGCUCGAUCUCGCUCACUUUCACGUACGGAUUUUCUGUACAUCGCCGACGCUGGUAACAAUCGCAUCCGUGCACUUACUGCGACUUGUGCCAAGGUCUGUGAGAACGAUGGAGUUGGACAGGAGAUGACUGUACGACACCAGUAUGCAGUACAAGCUGUGGAUCAAGGCAAAUAUGUGUGGGUCCUGAUCAAUGUGACUGCAUCCCUGGAUAUGGAGCCUUGCCAGCGUGUACGACACCCAAAUGUGUCCAAACUUGUGCACACGGAGGCGUUUGUUCAGCGCCAGACACUUGUUCGUGUGCUUCUGGAUGGUUUGACGCUAAUUGCACAACUCCAGUGUGUACUCAAACCUGUGGCAACGGUGGUAAUUGCACCGCUCCCGACACUUGUACAUGCUCCGACGCCUGGAAAGGGAGAUUUUGUACCACAUCCAAGUGGCUACGCUAACGCACUACCACGUCCUCUAUCAGUUGAGAACUACGUGCCUUGUGAUUUUGCCCGAUGGUGUCUUGAAACUGGAGAAUUCGACUGUUUACAUCGAUUAUACUCGACUUCUAGUCCUGUGGUUAACGCAUCAAGUGGCUUAGCGGCGAAAGGGAAGACUCCACCAUCGUAUGGAGGCUGUCUGCUUCUCGAAUUAGGGGAUGAAGCACUUACACAGUUCCAAUAUCUGUCCGAGCUCAACGCAACCAGCGAUUUCUACCGGUUUGCUCCAGUUCAACCGUACGAAUGGAAUACUUCUGCACCUUGGAGAGGCAUCUCAAAGCCAGAAGUGGGGGUUUCUCCGCCGUUUCUGCUAACUAGCGAUCGACAAGUAGCUCUAGUGGAGCGUAGACGAAUUGUUCAAGGUGUCUACGCCUGUGCUCACGGAGGUAGUUGUGUAGCUCCAGAUGUAUGUGAAUGCGCCUCAGGUUGGGCAGGUUUCGACUGCCGAACUCCUGUAUGUUCACAAGGUUACUAUUCUCCAAACCAAGUGACUUAUUUGGCAGCAGAACCGACUACUGCCACCCACCCACGACAACCAGUUACCAACCCAACAUACACAGCAACGGUUGAGCAGAUCGGAUACACUCAAGUUACAGUCACCACCGAGACUCGAGGUGGGGUACGAUACAAACCAACACAAGGAGGCUAUGCGUGCUCAAUUCGGAGUAUUACAGAGUGGGAGAAACCAUUGACACCCGAUGGAUCUCCGGCGUAUUACUUCAAUCAUCCUAAUUACUAUUCGCGCUAUAUGGAUCGCGAAUUAUCUGCUGACGGUCACUACCACACCCACUGGACUGGUAUGAUGUGGCCUCCACUUUAUAAUCUAUCCAAGCCGUCAUUAGAUGAUACACGAGAAGGUUGGAAACGUGGAGGCACGUGGAGCUACAUUUCCGAUAGGAAAUGGCAAAAAGGGGGUUGUCUUCUCGAGUUUAGCCGUACUUGUUCCUCUGGAGUCCAAGCUACGGACCUAUUAACGGGCAAACUAGGUGUGUUGGUAGUUGACACGGACGCUUCGUAUCGACCUCAAGUCACAUACACGGUGCAAGGUGCUGUUCGCCGUGGGUUCUGGAACUCUUCAGUGUUUGGAGAUUGUGUAGAUCAAGUUGUGCGUGGAUGUUUCAACAAUGGUACGUGUGUGGCACCUGGUGUGUGUGACUGUGCUUCUGGCUGGUCUGGUACAGAUUGUUCAGUACCUCUGUGCACUCAGACGUGUAUGAAUGGGGGCAAUUGCACACUGCCAAACACUUGUACGUGUGCAUUAGGCUGGACAGGAACGGAUUGUUCGAUUGCUAUGUGUGCUCAAGAAUGUCGGAAUAACGGGACGUGUAUUGGACCUGAUCAGUGCAAGUGCGUCACUUGGGACUCAAAUUGGCGUGACGGUCGUGAAAAUGGUGGCAAACCAGUCUUCCAACUGCCUGAUGGGAGAGCGCAGCGUACAGGUUAUACCGGUUAUGAUUGCAACACUCCAAUUUGUGUUCAGGCCAAGCGGUUCGUAAUGAACGUGGCAUCUCGCUCUUCCAGUAACUUCCGUGCAUUACGAGGAAACUACGACAGCGCCACUGCAGUUCGCAAUUGUGAUACAUACCGAUGUCCUCAGUACGACGUGGAGCUCGUGGCCAAUGAUGGACGUUCUUUCCAGACUGGAUGCUCGGUUGGAGACCCCGAGCCGAAUCCUAAGCGCAGUGCAACACUCACAGGCGCUCAGCAGAUUCAGAAUCUGCUAGAUUAUCGUGAUGAUCUCAAUGUUGCACGCGUAUCCGAUGAAUUCCUAUGUGGGAAUAUAGUUUGGCGACAAGGAGACAUUGAAAGUGACAACGGGUCGAAUCGAGUGAUCCGUACCAACUACGUUAAUGUGACUAAAGUGGAUGAUGUUACAUGGGAGUACGGUAUUUCAACUCCAGGCGAAGGUGUCUAUGAAUGUUACAACUCUGGUGCCUGUGUAGCUCCCGAUGAAUGUGCGUGUGGCGAUGGCUGGACUGGCAUUGACUGCAACACGCCAUUGUGUCGCUUUCAAAGGGCUGAUGAACGUGCUGGUGUGUCUUCCGGAUGUCGUAAUGGCGGUGUGUGCAUUAGUAAAGACCAAUGUCGAUGUAUCACAGUGAAGUCUUCACUGCAUGACCACUAUCCUACAGCACCAACAGGGAUUACAGGAUACUUUGGUUCGGAUUGCGCACUACCAAUCUGUAUCCAAGGCAUCUUUGAUCCAAUCUGCAAUGCUAGUGUUGUGGCUAACGAUCUCAAUCUGACUAGCGGAAAUAUUACGAGUGUUGACGAUAUAGCCAGCAGUAUUGUAAGUAGUGGAGAUGGUUGUUAUCGAUGCAAGAAUGGAGGACUCUGUGUCGCCCCCGACGUCUGUGCAUGCGCUGAAGGCUGGACUGGAUUCGACUGUUCUACUCCAAUUUGCGAGUUGUCUAAAGCGGUUGUAGCCUCCGUUCGUUCAACACUCUUCACUGUGGACGAACUCAAAGUGGAAACUUUUCGUACAGAUCCGUGUGGAACUAAAGGAGGUCGAUGGGGUAAGGAAAUUGUAAAUGACGCCUUAGUUGGUCAAGGUAACUGCACUCUUCCCAUGAAAUGUACAUGUUUGUGUCGGAAACGCUACGAUAAGAAACUCUGCGAUUCUAUCGGAGAAUUUUGUGAAAAACCGUGGCAAGAUCCUUUUCAUCGGUCGAUCCCUCCAGGUUUCGUAUACGGAACUCGAGAUUGUGUCGAUGGUUUCCAAGGAAUUGAAGAUGAAGAUGGCAACUUUCAGAGUUGUCACUUGCAGAUCUACGUUCCAACAACUUGGCGUCGCUACACUGUGAGCUUUGUGGCCAUUUUAUCAGUACUCGGCUUGAUAAUUCUCGUGGCUUGGUACUACAUCCGCAAGAGGGUGCGACGAGCUCUGUUGCUUGCCAAGGCUGAACGUCGACGUUCACGUAAAAACUCGGAAGAAAACAUGAAUAAGCCCAAACUUGGAGCCUUCACACACCCUAAAAACGAUUAA